AUGAAUGGCGCGAAUGGGCAUGUACAGCAACCCAUCCUCGAAUGGGACGAGGAGGGCGUCAAGGCUUGGCUCAGCUCACUCAAUCUCAGUCAGUUCGGCUCUCAGAUAGAUGAGCACGGCAUCACUGGCGAGAUCCUGGUCCACCUCGACCACGAAGCUCUGAGGGACAUCGGCGUACACUCGGUCGGUCAACGACUUGCCAUUCUCAAGGCAGUCUACAACGUCAAGCUGCGCGACAAGAUCCCAAUCGAGGAUGGUCAUUGGAUCCCGCCAUCCGAUCAGGACGAGUCAGCUGCGAGCGAUGAUGCAGCCCUGUUUGACGGUCUCAGCUCCCCCAUGCGGGUCUAUGAACUCAUCAGCGACCGCGAUGAACGGAUCGUCUCCUUGGAGAGGGAGAUUGUCAGACUUGGCGAUGCCCUGCAGGCACUGCGCGAAGAGAUGCAGCAGAUCACUCGUACGAUCACGAGCAAUCCGGCAACCUCUAUGAGACCAGGCUCGAGUCCAUCAAAGUCGCCCACCGGUUUCCAGUUUCCUCAGCAGCUCAGCAGCAUAACGCGAGCACCACAGCUGGCUGGAUCCCGUGUCUCCGCUCACGGACGCUCACAGUCGACUACCGUGCCUACGCCACCUCAGGCAGUCGCUCAGCGCGUUUUGACACAUGCGAGAGCAAGCUCGACCGCUAACGUGACGACCGCCGCCAUCGGCUCGAGUCCAUCCGGAUCUUCAGCGCUGCUCCCGUUACUGUCCAGCCCUGCAACGACAUCGUAUUCGCCCGAGCGUAUCCUGCCUCCGCUGCCAAUGUCAGCGACGGGACCGCUCACGCCUUCCAUGGGCACGCCCACGACCGCGAAUAGCCAUGCCUCGUCGUCCAGUAGCACGGGCGCCUUCUUUUCUGAUUCGGCAAGAUCCCAAUCUGCGGCCACUAGCGUCUUCUCGAUCGAUCAGCAAGGCCAGAGUAGCCGCACCUCCGUCGCGACGACAGCCGUCAGCCCAGACGUGCAGCAGCCGCUAUCUUCGAGCGCCAAGAGCGUUGCCUCUUCUUCUGGCAGUGCCGAUAAUCCGUACAAAUCGUUCAAAGUCACUCUAGAGGACCCCUGCUAUCGCGUACUUCCCGCCGCACUGAAGAAGUACAAUAUCAAUGACGACUGGAGAGACUACGCACUGUUCAUUUGCUACGGCUCGAAUGAAAAAUGCCUGUCUUACGACGACAAACCCCUGUUGCUGUUCCAGAAGCUCAAAGAGAGUGGACAGAAGCCGUGCUUCCUAUUGCGACACAUCAGAGAUAUAAAGUCACCUAUCGCAGUCGCUGCUGCCAAACACGCUGCACGGAUGGAGAAGCGCGCCAAGGAUGGUCAAACGACGACCUCGACUGCUACCGCUCACAAGGAUUACACUCGGAACACACGCUUGCACCACCCGCCCGUGCUGCAACCCGUCGGCAGAAGCCAGGUCAGCCCGGGCCGAGAGGGCAGCUAUAGCGAAGAUGCGUCUAUCAGCAGGCCUGCCAUCGGAUAUGCACUCGCUAUCUAUCCAUAUCUGGCCGAGCGUGAGGACGAGCUCGAUGUGGCUGUAGGCGAUACGUUUGCGAUCCUCAGCAAGACCAAGGGAUGGUGGGUCGUGCAUCGCGAGUCAAACUCGCCGGAUGUCGACGUGACUCGGUCUGCCUGGAUUCCCGCUGGCUGCCUGCUCGAGACCUCUGUCUCUGCACUCUCGCUGGUCACUUCGGCAAACGGUGCAUCAUCGGUCAUCAACCCGCUCUCGAUCGUCUCUCAAUCCACGCCCAGUAUUGCACUCAUGGACUACAAAUCUCGCGGCAACGACGAGCUCAGUCUGGUCAAAGGCGAACGCCUGAACGUCUACAAACGCUACAAUCACUUUAGCUUCGCGAUCAACGAUGCUACAGCGACGGGCAUGUCAUCCGGCGAGGCGCUCAAGUUCAUCAAGCAGCCUGCCCAUGUCGGCAUCAUCGGCUGUCCCUUCAGCGGUGGACAACCGAAAGCCGGCGUGGACAUAGGACCGCUGCAGCUUAUCGAGGCAGGUCUGCUCGACGAUAUCAAAGGACUUGGAUAUGGCAUCGUGUUUGACGGUCAGCUAGAAUUUGAGCACUCAGAGGCGGAUGACCCGCCCAUUGGCAUUCUCAAACGCCCUCGACUCGUAUCUCGCGUCAAUAAGACCGUUGCAGACACCAUAGAAGCUAAUGCUCGAGCUGGACGUCUCACCCUCACACUCGGCGGAGAUCACUCGCUGGCGAUGGCCACCGUGUCUGGCACUUUUCGCGUUCAUCCUGACGCGUGCUUGAUCUGGAUCGAUGCCCAUGCUGACCUCAAUACGCCUCUGACAACGGAGAGUGGCAACUUGCACGGCUGUCCUGUCUCCUUCCUCCUGGGUCUCGAGGGAUGUGACAUACCCGAGUUCAGUUGGAUCAAGCCGGUCCUCAAAGCAGACAGACUGGUCUACAUCGGUCUCCGGGACAUCGAUGCAGGCGAACGACGCAUCCUCCGCGAGCAAAAGAUCAAGGCUUACAGCAUGCACGAUGUCGACAAGUAUGGUAUCGGCAGAGUCGUAGAGAUGGCACUCGAUCACGUCAAUCCGAACCGGGAUCGACCAAUACAUCUCAGCUUCGAUGUUGACGCACUCGAUCCCUCGGUUGCGCCAAGCACGGGCACGCCCGUUCGUGGUGGCCUGACUUUCAGAGAGGGACACUACAUCUGCGAGGCGAUUGCCGAGACUGGCCUGCUCGUCAGCUUAGACAUCAUGGAAGUAAACCCCUCGCUGGCCGACAAGGAUGCAGUCAAGCAGACGGUGGAAGUAGGGCGUAGCCUGACACGCUCUGCCCUGGGCGAGACCCUCCUCUAG